AUGUUUUUAAUAAUUUUGGAUCAAUUAAUAAAAUACAAACGCUUGAUAGGAGAAUAUUGGGUGGAUCCCAAUGAAGGAGAUGUUCGUGACGCGGUACUCGUACGAUGCGAUCAGAUUACUAAGAGCACGUGUGUAAAACCUCAACCAGAUCAUAUAGGUCCAAUAGAUUUUGAAAAUAGAAGUCCUCAACCAGAAAUUUGGUUAUCUGAAUUUGGAUAUACUGGACAGAUAUUAUACAAAGCUGAUAGCAAUCAAAUCAGCUUUUUACAACUAUUGUCAGAAUCAGCUAGUCAGUAUUUAACAUACCACUGUAAAAAAUCAAUUGAUUAUUUUGAUGCUGAAAACAGAUCAUACAAAAAAGGAUUGAAUUUAUUUGGAUUUAAUGAUGCCGAUAUUACACCAAGAGGGAAUCCAAAAAUGAAAUACACUGCUAUUGAAGAUGAAUGCAAGACUCGGUCACAAGAAUGGAAAAAAACUACAAUUUCAUAUACAACCGAUCGGCCAUCUCGCUUACCAAUCGUAGAUGUUGUUCUACGAGACUUCAAUGAAAUUGGCCAAAGUUUUAGCAUACAUUUGAGUCCAGUGUGUUUUGUAUAA